AUGAAACUCUUGUGCCGUCGAACUAAUUGUACCGAAGUUUGUCCUGGUGGUUUCACCGUACGUACAUCUGCUGUUAAUCGGUUGUGGCGAAAGAUCCAGUUUUGUGACGAUACAACAAGAAGAAAUCUAACCAUGGGUGUCGCGAUAAAAAAUCAUGAACAGCUACAUCUACGUGUUAACGAUAUACCAACUCUGUCUUCGGCAUUAAUGUUUGGAUUUCAACAAGCAAUGCUAUGCCUGUCCGGUUUGCUAGUAUAUCCAUAUCUCGUGUCUGAAGCCGUAUGUGCAGGCGAUGCUACAGUGCAACUCCGAGUACAGUUAAUCGCUGCGACUUUUGUCAGCUGUGGAGUCGCUACUAUCAUUCAGACAACAUUUGGGUUAAGGCUCUGCGUCUUACAUGGCCCAGCUAUGGCAUUCCUCCCGCCGUUGUUGGCCUACAAAGCCCUUCGCGCAAGUGAAUGCCCAUUUAACGAAUAUGACAGAGUCAGUGAAGAAAUUUGGCAAGGAAGACUGCAAGAGAUAUCCGGCAGCCUCCUAGUGGCAUGCAUAUCAUUCUUUAUCAUUGGUGGGACGGGAAUAGCCGGAGUGCUGGCAAAACUUAUUGGACCGAUGACCAUUGUUCCGUUGAUGAUACUGCUCACUACGAGCAUUGUGCCAACAAUCGAGAGCAAGUUAUCACUGCAUUGGAUCUCCCUUGUUAUGCUGAUGUGUGUCGUCACAAUGGCCGUCUACAUGGAGCAUUUGUGUGUUCCUUUACCAUACUACUCAUUCAAGAAAAAGCGGAUCAUCUCCACAAAAAUCCGGCUCUUCGGCCAAUUUCCGUAUCUGCUGAGUAUCUCGCUGAUAUGGUUCAUAUGCUAUCUUAUGACAAUUACGGACCUCGAACCCGUAGGUGGUCAAGCUAGAACGGAUAAGAACGUAACCACUAUGGUGUUGAGGGAGUCACCGUGGUUUCAAGUGCCAUUCCCAGGUCAAUUCGGCAUGCCACGAUGGAGUUUAGGAUUGUGUAUGGGCUAUGUCGCAUCCUGUGUUUCCAGUGUGAUUGAAAAUAUUGGCUCAUAUGAUCUACUCGCAAGAGUGUCCCAACAAAGAGCUCCACCAAAGAAUGCAGUCAAUCGCGCCAUAAUGAUUGAAGGGGAUAGACUCCCUGUUUCUGCUGAGCCAGGACUGAUUCAUGACAUCCUUGUAUCCCGUACGUCGAUCCGGCCAAAAGCCUGCAAUCAAGUGACUGGGAGGUGCAAGGGAGGCGGUUUGGAGUCGCCUCCAACAAAUAAGCUCCACAAGUCCACUCCGGGAGAAACUCAUGGGACUAGAGGCUUGCAACCUGCCCAUGGGCUACCAAAACGGAAAAGGACUAGGAUGGCUAUCUGUACUUAUAACGCACGUACGCUUGCAUCGGAAGCGGCCAUCGAAGACCUGAUGAUGCAAGCCAAGGAGAUCAAGUACGACGUCAUCGGACUGACCGAGACGAGACGACGUCACCCCCUCAACGCCGUAUAUGAAACUGGAGAAGAACUGUUCUUAGGACAAUAG